UCUCCGCCGUGUGUGUCUCAGCCUCGGUGCGCUUCUCCACUCACAAACACAAUGGAAACGGCAAACAAGGUCUUAUCCACAGGAACAUGGCAGGUUUUUAAACUCCCUUUGGGCUUCAUCCGCCUGCUGGAGUGGCUUUUUGCCAUCUUUGCUUUCGCGACAUGUGGAGGCUACACUGGACAGCUGCGGGUUAGCGUGGACUGCGUCAACCGGACGGACAGCAAUCUCAGCAUCACCAUUAAAUUUGCAUAUCCGUUCAGGCUGAAUCAGGAGACGUUCACAGUGCCCACAUGUGAAGGCAGACAGCAGGAGCAGCUCCACCUGGACGGAGACUUCUCGUGCUCUGCCGAGUUCUUCGUCACCAUCGCCGUCUUCGCCUUCCUCUACUCGCUGUUUGCCACCGUGGUCUACAUCUUCUAUCAGAAUAAGUACAGAGAGAACAACCGUGGCCCUUUUAUUGACUUCAUAGUGACAGUGGUCUUCUCCUUCAUGUGGCUGGUGGGAUCGUCUGCUUGGGCCAAAGCUCUGUCGGACGUGAAGGUGGCGACCGACCCUGAUGAAGUGUUUCUGCUCAUGUCUGCGUGUAAAGUGCAGACCAACAAGUGCAGCUCGGUGUACGGGCCGAUCUGGUCCGGCCUCAACACCUCUGUGGUGUUCGGCUACCUGAACUUUGUCCUCUGGGCCGGAAACAUCUGGUUUGUGUUCAAAGAGACUGGCUGGCAUAAGGGUGGCGCAGCCCGAUACCCGACACCGGCUCCUGAAAAACACACCACCGCCUUUAACCAGCAACCGUACAACCAGCAAAACUACAACCAGGGCACCUUCAACCAAUCAGGAGCAAGUUUCGGAGGAACCGGAGGCUUCGGUCAAUCAGACUACAGCCAGGUGGGGAGUUACACCUCAAGCGGGCCCAUGCCCUACUGACCACACACACCAAUUUAUCAUCCGAUUACAUAACAGCUUGUCACAUGGGGCGGGAAUCAUUUCAAGGCUGAGGAUCCGGUACUGUUAAAUGCUCUUGUUUUAGGAUAUAAACAUGGUACAUUAAGAUGUAUUCACUAUCCAAAUCUAUCCACAGAAGUUGUUGUUGUUGUUGUUUUUGGCUUUUAAAAUUGCUCAUGAAAGUAUUUUUUAUUUAUUUUAAAGUAUAAAACCUAUAAUGGUAAACAGUUGAAAAAGGAUUUGUCUAGAACUCUUGAACAGAGGGUUUUUUUUUCCUGUCACAACGGCGUUUAAAUGAAACCCUUAAUUAUCCAUAGGAACAAAGAAACAACAACCAACAACCCAGUGUAUAUUUCUGUACCCUUUUCAGUUUUCUAUAUUGUUCCGGCUUGAUGCAUGAAGAUGUGCCGCAAAAGGUUCUGUACAAAAAAACAAAGCCAGCAAAUGUAACGCAAAGCAGAAAUUUUUUUUAUCAUUUUGCUUAAAUUAGGUUUUAAUUAACCUGUAAAUUCCAUACAGUACAUGUAUAUAUGGAGUCUAGUGGAGUCUUCUUGCUGUUGAUGGCUUUACUCUUUUUUCCUGGUUUUUGUACCUUAUGCAAUGUUUUUUGUCCUAAAUGGAUCUUGUUUAAUGAAAAUUAGAUAAUUAGAUAAUAAGAUAAUUGCAAAGCAUGGCAUUAAAAAAAAGAGAGAAAUGUAUUAUUUAUUAUACAGAUCAAAUACGCUGCGCGCUCUAAUGUGUAACUUUUUUUUUGUCUGUAUUUUUUUGUUGUAAUUAAUCACACUGUGAAUGGUGCCGCAUGUGCAUUUUGAGUAAUGCUAAUAAAGAUUGUGUACAGA